AUGCAUAUAAAGAAGAUUGUGAUUCAAGGCUUUAAAACAUACAAGAAUCUUACUACUAUAGACUUGUUAAGUCCUCAUUGUAACGUUGUUGUUGGUAGGAAUGGAUCUGGAAAGUCCAAUUUUUUUGCUGCCAUCAGGUUCGUGUUAAGUGAUGCGUAUACCCACAUGACAAGGGAAGAGAGACAGGCUCUUAUACACGACGGCUCGGGGACAAUCAUGUCCGCAUACGUUGAGGUGGUUUUUGACAACUCAGAUGGUCGUUUUCCUAUUAACAAUAAAGAAAUCUCGAUUCGACGAACUAUAGGUUUAAAGAAGGAUGAUUAUUCUUUGGAUGGAAAAUCCGCUACUAGGUCCGAUGUGAUGCAUUUAUUGGAAAGCGCCGGCUUCUCACGUUCCAAUCCAUACUAUAUUGUUCCACAAGGAAGAAUCACCAGUCUAACGAAUUCAAAAGACCAUGAACGAUUGGCCUUGUUGAAAGAGGUUAGUGGUGCUACUGUUUUCGAAAAUAAGCUAAAAGACUCAAUGAAGGAAAUGGCUCAGUCCAAUUUAAAGCGACAACGGAUCGAUGAAGCUCUAGAAAGCAUUCAGGAUAGAAUUAGUGAUUUACAAAUUGAAAGUGCAGACUUGAAAGAUUUCCAAAACUUGGAAAAGGAGAAGAAAGUGUUGGAGUAUAAUAUCUUUGACCGUGAACUCAUUGACUUGACCCAAUCUAUAGAAACCUUGGAGGAGAAAUACCAACUGUUGAUGCUUGAGUCUCAAAUAGAUUUGGACGCGAUGGAGAAGAGGGAAAAACUAUGUAUCAAUUUGCAAAAUUCAAUAAAGGACUUGAAUGUUAAUUUGAAAGUGUCGAGUCUGGAAAAGGAGGAAGCUGAGUUGGAGUAUGAUCAAUUGUUGAAACAGUUUGCCAAUAAAGAAAUCAAAGUGAAUGAAUUGCGUGAAAUUGUUGAAUCUUCGGAUGAAAAGUACAAGGAGCUUGAAAACAAGACCGACUACAACCGGAAACGCCUUUUGGAAAUUAAUGAGUCCAUCAACAGCAACAAGCCCCGUUUGCUCACUUUGCAAGAGAAAGAACUGAAAUUAAAACAAAAGCUACUGGAGUUAAAUGCUGAGCAAAGAGCAUUAUACUCAAAACAAUACCGAUUUCAAAAGUAUGAUUCCAAAGAGCAACGAGACUCUUGGUUAACAAAAGAAAUAUCCAAAUUGAAAAAAGAACUGAGAUUGAAAGAACAAGAAAUGCAACAACUACAAAUUGAAAUUGCAAAGAAUGAAAGUUCCAAACAAAAAUUGUUACAGAGGAAGCUGGAAGUUGACGGUUUUCUUAAUGAUGAUGACGAUCACUAUUCAAAACGAAGCGCUGAACUAAAGCAUAUGAAUCAAGAAUUGAAGUUGAAAAUUAGUAAUUGCGUGGAUCAAAGAAAAGUUCUAUGGAGAGACGAAGUGAGAUUAAAGAGUGUGUUUGAUUCUCUUACAAAUGAUCUCAUUAAUGCCACCAACUCUGUCAACCAAACGAUGGAUAGAGCGCAAUCGCAAGGUAUAGCAGCCGUUAACAGUAUUGUUCACAGGUUGCAACUAGAAGACAAGGUUUAUGGUACGAUUGCUGAAUUGUUCAAUAUCAAUGACAAGUACAAAACGGCGGCUGAGGUCAUUGCCGGUACUUCUCUUUUCCACGUUGUUGUUGAUACAGAUGCUACUGCUGCUCUCAUUAUUGAGGAAUUGAAUAGAACUAAAGCUGGUAGAGUCACCUUUAUUCCAUUGAACAGAAUCUCGGUCUCAAAUGUGGAUUAUCCAGAGUCGUCAGAAAACCAAUGUAUUCCUUUAAUCUCAAAGAUUAGAUAUGAUGAGGAAAAAGUUGGCAAAGCAAUACGGCAAAUUUUUGGAAAAGCCUUGGUUGUAAAAGACUUGUACAAGGGCGCUGAGCUUUCAAGAAAGUUUAAAUUGACAGGUAUUACUUUGGAUGGAGACAGAGUUGACAUCAAGGGGGUUGUUUCGGGUGGUUAUCGUGAUUAUAAAAGCUCACGUAUUGAUGUUUUAAAACUACAAAGCAAAACAAGACUUGAAUUGGAAAAGACCGAGACAGAAUUGAAAAGUAUUGGUGAAAAGAUUACUAAAGUGAACCAGGAGAUCACGUCUUUGAACAACGAAUUACAGUUGAACAUUCGAGAUUUGGAUAAACUAUCUAGUUCAAGAGAGCCAUUCAAAUUGGAGUUGGCACUGUUGACAUCAAAGAUUUUCAAUGUAGAUCAAGUUAUUUCCUCUUUGAAAUCAAACUUGGCAUCUGUUGAAGCAGUGAGGAACUUGGUGAACUCCAAUGUGAAACAUCAUGAACAAGAACUCGAUUCAGAAUUCAGUCAAGCGCUCAGCGAGAAGCAGUCGGAAACUCUUUCAUCCCUAAAUGCAGAAAUCUCAACUUUGGAGUCUAGUUUGGAUGAAAUUGUAACCGAGUCUUUGAACUUGGAAUCCAAAAUCAAUGAAUUGGAAAAUACUGCGGAAAACUUACAGCUUGAACAGGGUAUAUUGUUGCAACAGCUGAUUUCUCUAGGUGAUAGAGCCACUAACCAACAAGAUUUAAACGAACUAGAACAAGAAUAUAAGUUCUUACUGGUACAACUUGAAGAAACCAAAACACGUAUUACAAAAAGUACUGAGAUUUAUCAAAAAAUUUGUGAUGAAAUAGCCGAAAAUGAAGUGAGUUUAGAAAGAGCAAAUAAGCAGCAAGUGGAAACAAUGAAGAAUUUUGAAAAGCUUUCAAAGAAUACUACUAAAUUGCUAAAUCAAAAACUGAUCAAAGAACAGACCAAGGAAGAUAUCAACAAGAAGAUACGUGAAUUAGGAAUGCUACCUGAGGAAGCUUUCCACGCUGAGGAGUAUAUUGAUUUUACAUCUAAUGAUUUGGUUGAGAAAUUGAAUAGAAUAAGUGAGGAUUUAGUCAAGUAUUCUCAUAUCAACAAGAAAGCCAUGGAGCAGUUCAACCAGUUUACUAAGCAAAGAGAUGAUUUGAUAUCAAGGCGUGAUGAUCUUGACGUUUCCAAGAGAUCCAUUGAAAAUUUGAUAAAGAACCUACAGCAACAAAAAAAAGAUGCUAUUAUGAACAGUUUCAAACAAGUUGCAAAAUCAUUCAAUGAAAUAUUUGAGAAGUUGGUACCUCGAGGAGUUGGUCAUCUAAUACUUCAAAAGAAAACGUCACCAGAUACGCAAACUCAAGGUAGCAUCCGUGAUGAUGGAGAAGGAGAAGAAGAAGAAGAAGUUGAUGAUGAUGAUGAUUAUGAUAAUGAGAAAGAGGAUGGUAAUGACGAUUCUAUAGAAAACUAUACCGGUGUUGCAAUAUCUGUUUCAUUCAACUCUAAAGAUGAUGAACAACAAAAGAUAGAACAAUUAUCAGGUGGCCAAAAAUCGCUUUGUGCUAUUGCACUAAUAUUUGCUAUUCAGAAUUGUGAUCCCGCGCCAUUUUACCUUUUUGACGAGAUUGAUAGUAAUUUGGAUACUCAAUACCGAACAUCGGUGGCUUCUUUGAUCAAGUCACUAAGCUCGGAAGCUCAAUUUAUUUGUACAACGUUUAGACCAGAGUUGUUAUCUCUAGCAGCAGAUAAAUUCUACGGAGUUGUUUUUGCUAAUAAGGUGAGUAAUAUAAUCGAAAUAGAUAAGGAAGAAGCUAUGAACUUUGUUGAAGGACAAGCUCACAGUUGA